CCUUGUUGGUCACGUGCGCUCGCGCUCCUAGCUCGCGGCUGUCAGAAAGUGCCGGAAGAGACUUCCUUCUCUCUGCAGCAGUUCGAGCGCGCGCGCAGGUAAGCCUGCUCGCUCGCGCUCCCUUUCUACUCGCAGACAAAGGUGGGCAGAGAGAGCGUGAAAAGCGGGACAGAGCUCGACAAAGAGCCGCUUCCAGCAGCGCCUCGGAGCUGUAAGGAUGAAGUUAAGGGUUUGAGUCCAGGAUCAGCUGAGCUGGCACAUCAUCUCUAAGCCAUAAGCUUACUGCCAAACUCUGAGGCCUCCUGGAGGAGACGACAUGGCCAACCAGGAGUCCGCCAACGCUUCCCAUGCGACGUUUGACCUUUUCAUCCAAGCCAAGACGUGUCAGGAGGUGAAGCAGCACUUCAGCGAGCUCUGUGUGCAGCUGAAGCUCGACCCCAAAGACUACAGGACUUUCUACACCAAGUUAAAAGAGAGGCUGAACUACUGGAAGGCCAAAGCUCUGUGGAGCAAGCUGGACAAGAGAGCUUCACAUGAAGAUUACCAGCAAGGAAAGGCCUGCAGCAACAACAAGUGUCUGGUGUUGGGUGCUGGACCAUGUGGCCUGAGAACGGCCGUCGAGCUCUCCCUGCUGGGAGCCCAGGUGGUGCUGGUGGACAAAAGGGAGGACUUCUCCAGGAACAACGUCCUCCACCUGUGGCCCUUCACCAUCUACGACCUCCGCGAGCUCGGAGCCAAAAAGUUCUACGGCAAAUUCUGCUCCGGGUCCCUGGACCACAUCAGUAUUCGUCAGCUGCAGUUAAUACUUCUGAAAGUGUCUCUCCUCCUGGGGGUGGAGGUGCACACCGGAGUGGACUUUCAAGGCCUCAUAGAACCCUCUGGAGAGAACGGUUGGAUGGCCAAACUGCAGCCUGAGUCUCAUCCUGCUGCAGCUUUUCAGUUUGAUGUCUUUAUUUCUGCUGGGGGGGGCAGGUUCGUCCCCGACGGUUUUAAGCGCAAAGAGUUGAGAGGCAAGCUGGCGAUCGGCAUCACCGCCAACUUUAUCAACAGGAACACAGCAGCCGAGGCCAAAGUGCCAGAGAUCAGUGGUGUGGCCCGUAUCUAUAACCAGAAGUUCUUCAUGGAUCUGCUGACGAAGACGGGUAUUGAUCUGGAGAAUAUUGUCUACUACAAAGACGACACCCACUACUUUGUCAUGACUGCCAAGAGGAAGAGUUUGCUGGAGAAGGGGGUCAUUAAGCAGGACAGCAGCGACGCGCAGCAGCUGCUGGCUCCGGCAAACGUGGAUGACAACGCUUUGUACUCUUACGCCAAAGAGGCCGCUCACUUCUCCACCGGAGGAAACCUCUCUGACCUGGAGUUUGCCAAGACUCCGUCAGGAAAGCCAGACGUGGCGAUGUUCGACUUCACCUGUAUGCACCGUGCCGAGAAUGCCUCUCUGGUCAGGGAGAGGAGGAACAAGAGGCUGUUGAUCGGCCUGGUGGGAGACUGUCUGGUAGAGCCCUUCUGGCCUCUGGGGACCGGCAUCGCUCGUGGCUUUCUGGCCGCCUUUGACGUGGCGUGGAUGGUCAGGAGCUGGGGUAUGGGAGCUCCGCCUCUCAAGGUCCUAGCUGAGCGAGAGAGCGUCUACCAGCUGCUCUCCCAGACCACACCAGAAAACACCAGCAAAAAGUAUGCCGGCUACAGCCUCGACCCCAAAACCCGAUACCAGAGAGUCAACCUGUCCUCCAUUCAGCCCAACCAGGUGCAGAACCUCUAUGAUGUGGAUAAAUCUCAUCCCAUGAGCAAGAAUCUUAAAGAUAAACCAUCCCCCGGGACUCAAGAUACACUCAGGGGUUUUGAGGAGCUGCUGAAGUGGUGCCAGAAACACACCAGCAGCUGCAAGAACGUGAACGUGAAGGAUUUUAGUCAGUCGUGGAGGUCCGGGAUGGCUCUGUGUGCUCUGAUCCACCACUUCAGACCUCAUCUCAUCGACAUGUCGUCCCUGGACGAGUCCAGCUGCGUUCACAACAACCAGCUGGCCUUCAGCAUCCUGCAGAAGGAGCUGGGCAUCCCCCCGGUCAUGUCUCCCAGCGACUUGGCCAACAGCAAGCAGAUAGACAAGUUGUCCAUGGUCCUGUACCUCUCCCAGAUCAAAGACGGCUUCACGCUGCAACCUCAAGAACCGUUAGAUUCCCUGCCGUUGUCCAAGCCUGUGACUUUCUCUCGAACCCAGUCGGCCGUGUUUUUCCUGAGCAAGCUGAAGCACAACUCUCUGCAAAGACGCAAGGAGAAACUGGUGUCUGAACGACGAGCGCCGGGAACCCUGAGAAGGAUGGGCGAUGACGACGGGGCUCAGAUUUCAGCCCCUCCUCCAGAACCAGAACCCGUCCCCCCAGAGACUCCCCGUCGCCCUACUCUGAAGCCGAAGCCCGCCGUCUCCGUGGUGAUGGCCAACAGCGAGGAGUGCUACUUCUGUGGGCGCAGGGUGUACGUGCUGGAGCGCAUCAGCGCCGAGGGGAAGUUCUUCCACAGAAGUUGCUUCACCUGCCACAAGUGCGGCAUCACGCUCCGGCUGGGAGGUUACACCUUCGACGAGAACACAGGGACGUUUUACUGCGAGCUGCACUCCGAGGAGCUGAUGCUGGCAAAUGGGGUUGAAGCAUCUUGUGAGGAGGAAAGAGAGAAGGAGCUUUCCAGUGACGAUUACAGCCCAUCACCAUCCGAUGAGGACUAUGAAGGCCCCUCCCACACUGGCACACUGCCCCGCGCUCCCGAAGAGCAGAGUCAGCACUAUGUCGGAUCUGAAGACGACUCAGAGGAGCCUCUGGUGUCGGAUCCUUCACCAGCGGAGGAGGUGGAGGAGUCACCGUGUCCAGUCCCAAAGCCACGCCUUUCUCGGCAGACCACUCCAAACUCCGCCCCGUCGCCCCCAGUGGCGAGGCCGCGCACGAUCCACAACCUGAACGACUUCACACCCGAAGAAGCUCCGACCCCCUCCCUACCGGAAGACGGCCCCAAACCCGGAUCGGACUCCCGUCCGAAGCAGUCGCUUCGCAAGCUUCAGUUGAGCAUCGAGGAGAAGAGUGCUCUGGGAAACCUGCAGAGCUUCAGCGCAGACUCUGACUCGGAGACCCACGGCGGGUCCUCCUCCUGCUCUUCCUCCUCGGCCAACGCGGGGGGACCUCCCAAACCAGGACUGGACGGACAGGAGGAGGAGGGCUACUGGAGCGGGAGCACCGCCAGCCACUUCCGGGAGAAGAAGACUCGGCGGUGUCUGAGAAAGAAGGAGAUUCCGGGCGUUCCGAACAAACCGCGGUCCAAGUUCUCCCCCUGGAACCUCUCUUCUCCUCGGAUCAGCAGAGACCCGAGGCUCAGCGUUCAUGUCGGUCAUCCGGGGAGCGACGCUGAUGGGCCGUUUGCACUCGUCAUGUCGGAGGAGGGCAUCGAUGGAGACGACGACGACGACGAUGAAAUAUUAGAACAAGAUGAUAGUCACCUGUUUGAUGACGAGUUCCAGAUGCCAUCAGACCCGGUUCAGGCCCGGAAGCUGGAGCGGAAGAAGAUGAGGACUUUGGAGCGUCGCGCCAGGAUGAGUGAACUAGAGCGAUUCCGUAAAGCGCAGUCCAUCCAGAGAAGAUUGGAGGAGAUCGAGGUGACCUUCAAGGACCUGGAGCACACAGGUGUGGACCUGGAGAAACGUCUGCGAGGAGAGGCCGGUGACAGUGACUCGCCUGCUGAGGAGUCUGAACCUCACGAGGAGCCGGAAGUCCUUCCAGCUGCAGGCCCAGAUUCAGGCAGCGGAGGCGCUCCAGAGAUGAUCGAACAGUGGAUCCAGCUCGUCCACGAGAAGAACGCCCUGGUGUCUGAGGAGUCCGACCUCAUGGUGGCAUCCCGACAGCUGGAACUGGAGGACAAGCAGAGCAUGUUGGAGCUGGAGCUCAGGAAGUACAUGAACCUGAAAGAUAAAACACCCGAGGAGCUGGCGGAGGAGGAGAAAAUCCUGCAGCAGAUGAUCGAGGUGGUGGACAUGAGAGACUCUCUGGUGUCGUUUCUGGAGGAGAAGAGGCUGAAGGAGAUGAGCGAGGAGCUGGAGGCCUUCACCCUCAUGGAGGCCAAACGCCACUCAAAGAUGGCGUCUCAGGUUCACUGGGCCUGAGCCGCCACUUUCACAGCAGGAAGCUCGAGUUCGGAAAGCCAAAGAGGACGGAACGCCGUCAGCUCAGAGAGCCUGAAGGGGGCGUGGCCAACAGCCCCAUGAAAGCGCCGCGCGGCAGUGGAGGAAGUCUGCAUGGAGGAAGAUCGUCUUCAGGGUUCAGGUUUUCCUCAGACUGUUGAGAAGCAGCUUUAGGUUUUAGAAACGCAGUCGUUUGAUGGACUGAUAGAAAACAUAUUUAUCUCGAUUCUAUUUUUAGUUUGUUUACUGGAAACAAACACGACAGAAACUGUCUCACGUUAGAAAGUUUGUUUUCGUUGUUUUUCUGAUUCAUGUUUCUGAAUUUUCCCGACAGACGGUACUAAAGUUCAGCCUCUUUUCUCCCUGAUAUUUAUCCAUGCGGGGGUGUGUGUGUCCCCCUCCCCCACCCACCACAGGAUGGGGGAGGGGCGGUCAGACUGAAUGAGAAUCAAACUGAUUUUUUAUUUAUAAAUGCCGUCUUUUUUGGUUUUACAUGUGUUGAAGCAAAAAAAAAAGUUCUAAAUGUAGAGAAGAGCCUUAAACCAAACUCAUCCUCAUCCUGCCGUUCUGUGCCGCCUCAACAGCACAUGUAUGUCAAUAAAAGUCACGCACUUUGACCCGCUCCUC